CGGGACAAAAGGAUGUAUCUGGGAGGAGAACGUAAACCCGGAGCCCGCCCCUCGCUGCCCGCUCCCACGGGGGUAACCACGGCUGUGGGGUCCCGGUGUGCCUGAGGUACUCCCGCCCCAGCGGCUUGGGCUGCCUGCGCGAAGCUGAGCUCCCCCGUCCGAGACACAAAGGACUGAGACCCCUCAGAAGGCUAAGAGACCUCACUCUCUAGUAUCAGACACCCCUUCCAGCCUCCCCUCCAUCCCCGAGCAGACGGGAGGGCAUCGCACCGCCCACAUCCGCCUCACAUCACUUCCUGGGCUUUAAAAAAAAAAAAAAGGGAAAAAAAGAAAAGAGAGGAAAAAAAAUCCACCUUAGCUGUGCGGUGCUGCCUGGAAAGGUUGGGGGCCGGACCGCUGCCCGCGCCGACACCAUGAAGGCUCAGCCCGCCGCAGCCUCCAUCUUCUGCCUGUGCCUGGUGCUGGCGGCCUCCGCCGCCUCUGCCGCGGAGGGGCUCGGAAAGGGUUUUGGAGAUCAUAUCCAUUGGAGAACACUGGAAGAUGGGAAGAAAGAGGCAGCAGCCAGUGGUUUGCCCCUUAUGGUUAUCAUCCACAAGUCAUGGUGUGGAGCUUGCAAAGCUCUGAAGCCAAAGUUUGCUGAAUCCAAGGAAAUCUCUGAACUUGCUCAUAAUUUUGUCAUGGUCAACCUUGAGGAUGAUGAAGAGCCAAAGGAUGAAGCUUUUAGUCCUGAUGGAGGUUAUAUUCCCAGAAUCCUUUUCAUGGACCCCAGUGGAAAAGUCCACCCUGAAAUCAUAAAUGAGAAGGGAAACCCCAGCUACAAGUACUUCUAUACCAAUGCUGAUCAAGUUGUCCAAGGGAUGAAGGAGGCCCAGGAGAAGCUAACAGGUGAUGCUUUCAAGCAAAAACACCUGGGAGAUGAACUAUAAUGAAUGCACUGAUAGAUGCUUUUCCAUCACUUCAAAACUCUAAAAGAAAACAACUAAACAGACCAAGAAUGUAGAUGCACUGAAGGGACAUAAUUCUCCUGUCAACAGCGUUAGGUUAAACCCCGUUUGGAGUUCACACACAUGCAUCAGUUACAGUGGUAUCUCCUCCUCUGCCUGGCAGUUUGUACCGUAAUGGUUAUUUGCAACUAGGUAAUGUGCAAACACAUCAGUUUGUGUGUUUGAGCAACCAUUGAUACUUGGUGUUAAAAGGGAGGAGUGUAGGGCAAAACAUUUGCAGACAAACAGCGUGGUUGGAGUAACUAGAAGUACCCAACAUUUUGACACUUAAUCAGGGUUGGAUCUCUCUUUUCUCACUGCUAUUACAUGAUCCCACUGUUUUUACCGGGGAUUCCUAUGAAUGGAGCAUGUUCCUGGGUCAGGUAUCCCAAACCAUGAAUUCUGCCACAAAGCCAAGUAGAAUAAAUUUCAUGAAUGUCCAAGUAGCAUGUGAAAAUAUUAGCUCUGCAAACAUACUUUUGUGUAAAACUCUGUGUGAUUCAUCUUUAUUUGCCUUUGGGCAGAAACUUCUUCCUUAUGCACUCACCUUUUGAUUGUUUUAUCAAGUGAGGUUAUGGGUGGGUUACAUUAAAGCUUUAUGGGGCUUCCCCUUUUAUUCUUUGAAUGUUUUUGGCGAAUGCCUUGCCAUCACAUUGUACUGUAUUUUUGUACCUGGGUGAAAAAUUAAACCUUUUUAAACAUAA